AUGGCUCCGUCCACCCAGGCAGCGGGCGCUUCUACGCGUGCUCUGCAUGCUGAUGAUGUGCUAAACGUCGUGACUGACGUUGCGCCUCCACUGCAUCUCUCUACGACAUUCAGAUACCCCGACAAUCCGGAUGAGCUUGUUCCUUGCUCUGCCGCUACUUAUGAACAUAAUGCGACGACCCAUAUCUACUCUCGCGACUCGGCCCCGAAUUUCACGCGGUUUGAGAACAUUCUUUCCUCCCUCUUGAAUGGCCACGCUGUCAGCUACUCCUCUGGGCUGUCCGCCUUCCAUGCUGCACUCGUGCUUCUCAAUCCGCGUCGUAUCGCUAUUGGAGGCGGUUAUCAUGGCUGCCACGGUGUUAUUGGUCUCUUCAACCGCUUGACGGGCCUUCAAAAAUUGGACCUUGACUGCCCCGCGGAGCAACUGGAGGCCGGAGACGUGAUUCAUCUCGAGACCCCGGUCAACCCGUACGGUACCGCCUUUAAUAUUGAGGAGUACGCAAAGAAGGCCCAUUCCCGGGGAGCAUAUCUUAUUGUGGACGCCACAUUUGCGCCCCCUAAUCUACAGGACCCUUUCCUCUGGGGUGCAGACCUCGUGAUGCAUUCUGGUUCCAAGUAUUUCGGUGGACACAGUGACCUUCUGUGUGGGGUCCUGGUAACCAAACGCGAAGAUUGGGCAAAGCGAUUGCGAAACGAUCGCUUGUUCCUUGGCAGUAUCCUGGGGAAUAUGGAGAGUUGGCUGGGAGUUCGGAGCUUGCGGACACUGGAGGUCCGGGUGCAACGGCAAAGUCAAAAUGCAACGAAGCUUGUGAGCUGGCUGGAUGGUGCAUUGCAUGCGAAAGACCCUGCUCCGGGGAGUGAUGAAGCUGCAACUCAAGCGAUUCUUCAGAAGAUCUUCCACGCAAGUCUGCAGAAAGACGACGAGUCGUGGUUGCUGAAGCAGAUGCCUAAUGGCUUUGGGCCAGUUUUCUCGAUACUCACCAAGGAUGCUGAUAUGGCGCGCAAGCUGCCUAGCAAACUAUCCUUCUUUCACCACGCGACAAGUUUAGGAGGUGUCGAGACGCUGAUCGAAUGGCGGAGCAUGACGGAUGUGCAUGUGGAUCGCCGGUUGUUAAGGAUCAGUGUGGGGUUGGAGAACUGGGAAGACUUGAAAAACGAUUUGGCCGAGGCUUUCAGAAGUUUGGCUGGCGGGGCGUGA